CGGACAGUCGUCACAUGGGCGUAGCGGCUUGAGGAAAACAAUCACAAAAAAUGUCUAAGCAACAGCCAGCUCAGUUUAUAAAUCCAGAAACUCCUGGCUAUGUUGGAUUUGCAAAUCUUCCUAAUCAAGUUCACCAAAAAUCAGUGAAAAAAGGUUUUGAAUUCACACUGAUGGUAGUUGGUGAAUCCGGUCUAGGAAAAUCAACUCUCAUCAACAGCCUGUUCCUUACUGAUCUCUACCUAGAAAGAAUCAUACCUGGAGCUGCAGAGAAAAUUGAAAGAACUGUCCAAAUUGAGGCUUCAACUGUUGAGAUUGAAGAGCGGGGAGUCAAGCUGCGCCUUACAGUUGUGGACACACCUGGCUACAGGGCUGCCAUCAACUGCAGGGACUGUUUUAAGACCAUUAUCUCAUACAUUGAUGAGCAGUUUGAACACUAUCUGCAUGAUGAAAGUGGCUUGAACAGGCGACAUAUCAUUGAUAACAGAGUGCAUUGUUGCUUCUACUUUAUUUCACCUUUUGGACAUGGAUUGAAGCCAUUAGAUGUUGUAUUUAUGAAAGCAAUACACAAUAAAGUGAAUAUUGUGCCUGUCAUCACAAAAGCGGAUACUGUCACUCUGAAGGAACGGGCGCGGCUGAAGAAAAGGAUUUUGGAUGAAAUUGAAGAACAUAACAUUAAAAUCUAUCAUUUACCUGAUGCAGAAUCAGAUAAAGAUGAAGACUUUAAAGAGCAGACUAGACUUCUCAAGGCCAGUAUCCCAUUCUCCGUAGUUGGAUCCAACCAGUUGAUUGAAGCCAAAGGCAAGAAGGUCAGAGGUCGCCUCUAUCCUUGGGGUGGUGAGGUGGAGAACCCAGAGCACAAUGACUUUCUGAAGCUGAGAACAAUGCUCAUCACCCACAUGCAGGACCUCCAGGAAGUGACCCAGGAUCUUCACUAUGAAAAUUUUCUUUCUGAGAGGCUCAAGAGAGGUGGCAGGAAAGUGGAGAACGAGGACAUGAAUAAAGACCAGAUCUUGCUGGAAAAGGAGGCUGAGCUCCGCCGCAUGCAGGAGAUGAUUGCAAGGAUGCAGGCGCAGAUGCAGGGUGGUGACAGUGACAGUGGGGCGCUUGGGCACCAUGUGUGAGGUGAUAUUUACAUGUUGAAACACUCUUGGAUAAAAUGAACACAUUCCAGAUGAGUGCUGCAACUGAGUUUUCUUGAAAUCCUUGGAAGGGUGCCUAUACAAAUAUUAAGUACCUGUGCCUGAGAAUCGGCCUACCUACCUUCGUACCUAUCUUUCUUUUAAAAAAAAAAAAAAACUCUGUGAUUUUGUAUGAAAUGCUUUUAACAUUUAUAUUUCAUUGCUAAGUUACAUUUUAUUUGUGAGGUGAACUCAUUUUCAUGUUUUUCCUCCGUAGCCACCAAUGUUACUAGAAUUCAUUACUAAGAAUUACUCAUUAUGUGUUGUUAAUACUGAAUUUCUUCAGUUUAGCCGGUCAAAGUAACUAAUCAAUGACAGCCACUCUCGAUUUAUAUCUAGAAGAUUCAGAUUUAACCCAUAAUGUUCCUGCAUGAAAAGCAUGUUCUCUCUGACAGAGAAGGAUAUGUGGUCUUGGUUCCAGGCCAUUUUCUUCUAAGUCCUACUGUAUGAAGACUCUCAAUCUUCCUUAGUUUUAUAUUUGUGCACAACACCUAAGACAAGUUUUGCUGCUAUAAUCCAAUUCUGUUACUUCAUCUGCAC